GGAAGGCCUUACCUACGCACCCAUUGACUCAACGGUGUUGGGUCCAAAGAUUAGGCAAGAGCGUGAAGCAGGUCCGAAAUAUUAGUUCUUGCUUAUGAACUAGCGAGUUUUUAUUUCUUUCUAGUCGGGCCUCAUACUUAUGGAGAGUCAUGGCCGCAGGGUACCUUGUGGCCUCCCCCACAGUACGAUAUGUGUAUGACAAGUUUAACGACUUGUUAAGUGCGUGGGAUCUGGACUGGUUUACUAGCCGAGUCCAUCCCUACUUGCCAUCACCAUUCGACUAUGGGAUUCCACCAGUUACUGGCCGUCUCGGUCAGACUAUUGAGGGAGGAGGCAAAAGGAGAAUAUUCGCCAUGGGUAACUAUGUCAAUCUCAAUCAGAGGCUGCUGAAGCCGGUCCAUGACUGGCUAAUGCAAGUGCUUAGGAGGAUUCCCAUGGAUGGAACCUUCGCUUUUACUAAGCUAAGGUGGAAUCAGCACAAACCUCUUGAUCGACUAGUUGGCAAUCAAACCUGUUACUCUUUCGAUUUGAAAUCUGCCACCGAUAGGUGGCCAGUAUUAUUUCUCUUCGAAGUGUUUAAGGUUUGUUUUGGUCAGCCGUUCGCUUCGAGUGUUGUUAAUUCAGCACUAGCCUUUCAUUUCUGUGAGGUCCCAUUCGUAAAGAACAAGGACUCUCAAGUCUAUUUUAGGGUCGGACAACCGCUAGGAUAUUACUCCUAUUGGCCUUUGUUUGCACUUACUUACCAUAUUUGAAUUUGGUGGUGUGCAGAGCAGAUAUACCCAGGUCAGCUUUUUGACACAAGUAUGCAGUACUCGGUGAUGGAUCUGGUACAGAAAACUUGCUAGCUUAACGUGGUUUAGAACCACCUAGAGCUGGGAAAGGUGUCGUGCGUCCUGGAGUAGAAAUACUUUCUUUAUGGAUUCUCAGACCAUCAGAUAGUUGACUUUAAGCGUCUC